CUAAUUUGAGCCCAUUCUACGCCAUUCUUCUGUCAAUUUUUGUUCUCUUGUGCAAAAAAAUAUUAAAAAGAAGACACGGGUGUGUAGCACAUUAUAGAAAAAAAAAACGAAAAAAAAAGAAAUUCCUAUUUUCAAAGCCACCAUGGACAAAAAACAACAACCGAAUAAUAAAGAAGAAAUUGAAAAAGUUGCCGAUGAAAAAGUUAAAAACACUGAAGCAACAAAAACUGCUGCUGAAAGUGCUGGCGAUGGUGGCGGCGAAAAAACCGAUGAUCAAGCAUGGGAAGAUAAAGAGACACGCAAUCGUCUGGUGUCGGCGCUUUCAAUGAAAUUCGUUGAUGUAAUGUCCGAAUUGAAUUCCACUAACGACGCCUUUAAAAUUCCCAAGGAUAUUAGAACUCUUUAUGGCGGAUAUCAGAAACCCGAUGAAGCGAAUGCGCGUGAAAACGCAAACAAAAAGUUUACCUUCUGGUCAACGCAGCCGGUGCCGAAACUUAACGAGGAAGUAUUUACAAAUGAAUCAAUCGAACCUGAUAAGGAUAUAUCGGAAAUUCGACAAGAACCUUACACUCUGCCUGAAGGCUUCCAAUGGGACACUCUUAAUCUAAAUAGCUCUCAAAAUCUUACCGAAUUGUAUACUCUAUUGAAUGAGAACUACGUGGAAGACGAUGAUUCCAUGUUUCGUUUUGAUUAUCAACCAGAAUUCUUGAAAUGGUCGUUGCAACCGCCUGGCUGGCGACAAGACUGGCAUGUGGGUGUGCGAGUUGUUAAAUCAGGUCGUUUGGUUGGAUUCAUAUCGGCAAUUCCCAGUCAAUUGAGAUGCUAUGAGAAGAUAUUGAAAGUUGUGGAAAUUAAUUUUUUGUGCGUGCACAAGAAAUUGAGAAGUAAACGUGUUGCGCCUGUGUUGAUUAGGGAGAUAACGAGACGAGUCAAUUUGACGGGCAUUUAUCAAGCAGCUUAUACAGCUGGAGUUGUGCUGCCGAAACCAGUUUCUACGUGCAGAUACUGGCAUCGAUCUCUUAAUCCUAAGAAACUUGUUGAUGUUAAAUUUUCACACCUAGCCAGAAACAUGACAAUGCAACGAACAAUUAAACUCUUCAAACUACCCGAUCAACCAAAGACGCGAGGUUUUCGUCGCAUUCAAACAAAGGACAUGGAAGGUGCCCACAAAAUACUCGAUGAAUAUCUCUCGAAAUUCCAUAUAUGUCCGGUAUUUUCACAGGAAGAGUUUGUCCAUUGGUUUUCACCACGUGAAGGUAUUAUCGAUUGUUUUGUAGUCGAAGGUGAGAAUGGCGAAGUAACCGAUAUGGUGAGCUUCUAUAGUUUACCAUCAACUGUGAUGCAUCACCCCGUGCAUAAGAAUGUUCGGGCAGCUUAUUCAUUUUACAAUGUGUCCACAAAAACUCCCUGGCUGGAGCUUAUGAAUGAUGCCUUAAUUUCUGCUAAAAAUGUCCAAAUGGACGUUUUCAAUGCCCUCGAUCUAAUGGAUAAUAAGAAAUUCUUGUCGCCUUUGAAAUUCGGCACUGGUGAUGGAAACUUGCAAUAUUAUUUAUACAAUUGGAAGUGUCCGACCAUGAGACCAGAGGAAGUAGCUUUGAUUCUCAUGUAGCGCGGAAACGCCAAUAUUAAAUAAAACAAAUCACAAAAGAAAAAAAAAAUAAUAAUCAAAAUAAAAAAAAAAAUAUAAAACAAAACAACUAUUCAUGGGAAUGAUAACACAAAUUAAUCUGGGAUGCCAAGUGGCUAAGCACGCACCUGAAGUUUGUGGGUGUUUUUGUUUCCUUUUUAUUAUUCUGCUGCCUUGUUUUUGUUCCUGUGCUACGAUUCCAUAAUUCAAACAAGAAAAACAAUUUACAAUUUGUUUGCAUUUUUCCUCAGAUAAAUUUUUAUUAUUUGUGCAAAAUAUUUAAGUAGAGAAAACUCACACACGAAACCCACAAACUUCGUACUGUGUUUUUUAUUUUGUAUGGAGAGAAGGGAUUUAUUAUCAUAAGAACUCAUUAUAAUAUUCCCGUGUUGAUUUAUAUACAAUAAUUUCGCCCGAGAAAAAUAAUAUUAUGCUAAAAAAAAUAAAUUUAAUAUUUUAUUGCAAUAAAAUGAGAAUACUACUUAGAAUUUUA